CAACCGUUCUGCUUCUGCAAUGGCGGAACACGGAAAUUAAACUGAACUGAACUGCUGUUUUGAUUGACAAGAGUUUCUUUCUUGUAAUAAUUCUUUUUAGUUCAAUUCUAAAAGGAAGAAAUAAUUUAAGUAUCUAGUGCUUUAAAAAUCCAUAAAAAUGGGUAAAGGCUUCAAUAAUUACAUGUGCAAAAAGUUUUUCCAUCCUGCAUCAAGAGACAACCUAAAACGAGUAUGGAUGGCCGAACAAAAAUCAGACUCCUACAAGAAAAAGCAAGAAGAACUGCGUAUGCAAUAUGAAAAAGAACAGGAUCUCUACAACAACAAAGCAAUGCUGAGCAAAGAGAGCAAAGACAAGCUGAGUGUGAACUUCAUGUACGAACCUCCGCCUGGAGCAAAGAAAGAGAGAGAGCGUGAAGACAACGAGCCUGAGUACAAAUUUGAGUGGCAGCGAAAGUUCAAUGCCCCUCGUGAGGACUACUGCAAAGGAGACUCGGAGAUACGAGACCAGCCGUUCGGUAUCCAGGUUCGCAACGUGCGCUGUAUCAAGUGCCACAAAUGGGGUCACAUCAACACAGACAAGGAGUGCCCCAUGUACAACCAGGCCAACAGUCAGGCCACGCUCAAUGACGCCGACCCAUUAGUGCUGAUUCAGCAGAUGAGGGAGGAUGGCCUCACUAUCAAGCGGGGCGUGCUCGAGGCUCAGCAGCAUUUGAAUGUGCAGCGGAGGGGUGUCGAGAGGGACAUGAUUCCCACAGAUGAUGAGGCUGAUGACACAAUCACACCGAACGAGAAAGAGUUCCUCAAAUCACUCAGCAAAAAGCAGAAACUGAAGCUGUUGAGGAAGCUGGAGAGAAUGGAGGAACGGAAAGGAUCGAAGAAGAACUCCGACAAGAAGAAAAAGAAGAAAUCGAAAAGUAAGAAGAAGGAUAAGAAAUCCGGGAAAGAUCGCGAAAGGAAUGGACGUCAUUCGAGUGAGGAGGAAUCUUCAAGCGAAGAAGAAGAGGAAGAGGAGGAGUGGGUAGAAGAGGAGAAGGCGAACGACGGCAAAAGAGAGAAACGUCACGAAAGACGGUCGAAAGAGGAAGUGAACGAUAAGAGAGAUAAACGUGACGAAAGACGGUCGAAAGAGGAGGAGAGGAGAGAGAGAAAGGAGGGAGAAAGAAAGAGGAAGAAACGAAGUCAGUCAACGUCGGAUGAUUCUGAGGAUGAGGAGGAGAGGGAGAGGAGGAGGGCAGAUGUAAAGAAGGAGAAGAGGAGGGAAUCUCAUAAGAAUGGAAAAUCCUCCAGUAGCAAGCACAGGAAAUCGAGAACCAGUGAAGAAACAGAAGAAGAAGAAGAAGGAAGCAGUGAGGAAGAGAGAAGAAGAGCAGCGAAAAAGCACGCGGACAGAAGGAUGAAGAAAGAAAAUGGGAGGAAAAGGAAAUCUUCUACGGAAAGCGAUAGUGAAACAGAAAAUUCCAAAAGACGUAGAAAGUAAAGACAGUAUCCAAAGAAAAACUUUGAAAGAUAAUGUGAUUGGUGAUUUACUGUAUAAAAUUGUGUUUGUGUUAAUCUAUUCACAAUCAUUGCUGCUAAAAAAUGUGGAAUGUAUCAAGUUAAUCUAUUGAUAUAUAUUAUGUAUGAUAAAUGAUUAUUGUAGAUCUAUUGAAUAUAUUUACUAUUGUAAAAAUGCUGUAUUUAUAGUAUGAACAUAGACUGUUCAGUAGAACCUCAUCUAUUAGUUUAAUUAUAAAUUUUGUUCAUCUAAUAAUAUACAUUAUUAUGAUUAUAUUAAUGAUUAUUGUUCAUCUAUUGAAUAUAUUUAUUAAUGUAAAGAUUCUGUAUUUAUAGUAUGAACAUAGACUGUUCAGUAGAACCUUAUUUAAAUAAGUUAAUUAUAAAUUUUGUUCAUCUAAUAAUAUAUAUUAUUAUGAUUAUAUUAAUGAUUAUUGUUCAUCUAUUGAAUAUAUUUAUUAAUGUAAAGAUUCUGUAUUUAUAGUAUGAACAUAGACUGUUCAGUAGAACCUCAUUUAUUAUUUUUUUUUUAUAAAUUUUGAUUUUCCGUGUUGUAAAGAAUUAAAUGUUAUUGAAACAGAAGACUCCCAUGAAAAAUCAAGUUGUUUAUUAUGAAUGAAGUUGUAACACAUUAAUGAAUGAAUUUAAAGGACUUGAGGGUUUAAAAGUAAGAAUGUUUUUAUUCCUUUGAAGCAUAUUAACAUGGCAAUUGGAAACGUCAGUAUAACAAUAAUUAUUAUAAAUUGAUAGAGUACAUUUGCAGGAAUACCGUUAAAACAACUAUGGCCCGGUUGCACAAAAGCCAGUUAAAUUUCAACCGUGGUUAAUUUCACAACAACCAAUCAGAGAAGGCGUUUUUAAAAGGUGGCUUCUCUGAUUGGUUCUCUUGGUUUUAACUAUGGUUGAAUUUUAACCGGCUUUUAUGCAACCGGCACAAAGAGUUCGAGUUUGUACUUCAGAGAAAUUGUACUACAUUAAAGAAAAUUUAGGAUUUCAAAUUUGGAUCUUCUACGAACGUUUUCUCAAAAUUAAACCGGUUUAAAAUUGAGUGUUUUUGAAGGUUGUAAUGCUUUGGAACUUAUACGCAGAGAGAGACUAAUUUCUUUGUUCCUAAUAAAUUGAAAUUAAAAUGAAUUGAUCAUUUAUUGUUUUGAGAUCCUUUGACAUAUUCAAAAAUAAAUACAAAUAGAUACAAUUUUGUAAUAUAAUAAUAGUAUAAUGUAGUAUUAUCAAAGUUGUUGAUUUGUAUAGGCCUAUGUAAUAGUACUAGAAGUUGUCUAUUAUUAUCUCUGUGGGUAGAUGACACAAGCUGAUAAGUCAUGAUUUGUAAACUUUUCAGGAGAGCAAUUUGAAAGUUUGGCAUAGCUGCAAAAAUUAUCUAUCAUAUUUUUUCUUACCCAUUUUACACUAAUAUAAUCAGCUGAUCUUUGACUAUUUAAAUAUAAAAUAUCAAGGAAUAAAACAUUUAUUUAAAUUAACUAUGGAGAAUUUUCGCAAGUGAUGUCAGAGAUAUCAUGUUUUGCCAUCUGCCAAAUGUUUCAAAUCACAAUGUAACAGUAUAAGGAAUAUCUUAAAAAUCAAUUAUUUAGAAAUUUGAAUAUAUUUUUCAACAAUUAAUUGAUAUUAUUUACAAGUAUUGAUCACGUUAACCAAACUUGAACUGUUUGCAAAGUUGUAUGGGUUAUGUAGUUCUCAAUAUAGGUUAUUGAUUUUCAGAUUUUAUAAUAGCCUACCAGUACAUACACUUAUCAAAUUCUGCCAUCUUUUGAUAAUUGGAUUAUAAUACAAACCGAUAGAAGAGUGUUGAGAUAUAUGUACUUAUCAAUAUUUGUCAACUUAGGGAUUGGAAGAAAAUGCUCGAUCAGGCUUGAGCAAGGCUUAUUAUCUCAGCUAUUUACAGAGAUACAACAUAUUUAGUUAUAUCAUAUUCUUAUAGAUCUAAUUUUUCUGAACACAACCAUAUGCAUAACUCAAUAUGGUCAAAAAUGUGACUUAUCAACUUGUGUCAUCUACCCACAGAUCUGUAAAAAUGAUGUUAGUAUGUACUGUAUAUCUAAUAACAAUAACCUCUAAAAUCAAUUUCAUGUACUGUACUAUUGAUAAAUAAAUAUGAAACAUAAUUUUAUAGCAA